AGCGAGCGGAGCACAAACCAGAAAGAACCGGCGUCGUUUACACCAGUGUGUACAACAGGACAACAGGAUUCCCCUAUAUGCUGACGUUCACCUUGUCGAGUCAGUUUUCUUCGGUAUAACUGGCCUUGUCUGGAUUUUUCGGGACUUGGUUCCGUAAGGGAAAUCUAGUGGAAAGCCAUGAAGGAGGAUGGCGAAGGCCGUCACGCAAGACAGCCUGGCUAUACGCGCCGAUUCUAUUUCGAGCGGGAACAGCACACCUGGUUAAUAGUCGAUUGAAACCAUGGCGUACCUACGGGCUCUCCUUCUCGUGCAGUUUCUCUCGUCGAUUGUGUUCGUUUCAAGUCAAGAUUUGGCGGGAACGAAUUCUACAAAGGAAACUGUUGAUUCGGUUCGCAGCUCCGCUCGCGUUGUUCCUCCUACUCCAGCUGUCAUCAUGAGAUCACAUUUCACAAGGAUUGUUCACGAAGGAGAUGAUCAAGACCUCGUUUGCAGUUGCAAAUUGUUGAAUUCGUACACGCUCUGGCUUAAGAACGGAGAACAAAUCAACGGCGAAAUUGUCGAUGUUGUGUCCAUGCAAGGCAGCGAUUCAUUACUGCGAUCAACGUUGACCAUCAGAUCAGCUGAGCAAUCGGAUAACGGCGUGUACACUUGUAUUUUCAUCAGCGAAACUGGAGAAAGCUCGUUGAAGACAUUCGAUCUUUUGGUGACGGUGCCAAGUCCUAUUAAAGUGAUGGGAGAUUUCUUAAAUCAAAAGGGCAUUACUGCUGUUAUUGGCGUCAUGGCCGCGCUCAUCAUCCUCAUGGCGAUUGCUACCGCCUUGAGUUACCAGUCUGCUCUUACUUGCAAAAAUAAGAGAGACAAAAGGGAGGCGCGUGCAAAGAGUCCUUCUGAAGUUUCUGGUGGUCACCUUAGCAGCCCAUUCGUCCUUGGCACGGAUACCCAAACAAGGAUUUCGCCAACGUCACCAGUAUAGAGGGGACAAGUCCGUCUUCAACGAGGAAACGAAAAGAUCCUCUGUGACUCGACGGAAAACCUGCAAAGCAAAAUUGUUAAUAUAAAAACAUGAUCAUGACUGUGCCAUUUGCCUAUUCAUCAUCGCCCAUUGGUUUCUCGUAAUUUGACUUGCUCGAAUGAUUUGACUUCAUCUUUGAGAGUUCGUGUGCUUUUACCUGAAUUUUUGAGCCAGCGGGUUAGCUGAUAAGGUGCUCCUUUACUGUAUUUAAGUACACAUCAUUUCAAUAUAGUUUACAUCUUUACAUAA